GAUCAGAAAAUGUCAAAUGAUCGAGAGAAGGCUGAACGAUUAGCUGCAGCGAUGGCUAACGACAUUUCGACAACUGCCAUGCCAACUAUUGAAGACGCUUUCACAAAGCUUAUGGUGAAAGACAACAGCGUCAUAUUUGCCGAUGGUAUUGCUCCAGAGGCCGUAUGGGGUCGUAUGCUGUUUGGAUUCGAUUGGGCUGUAUGGGUUACGAUCGCCAUCUCGGCGUUCGGAGGUCUCGUAGUCGCCGUUGUCAUCAAAUUCGCCGAUAAUAUUUUGAAA